AUGGCAAGCAAGAAAGUCAUUGUAGUGUUUGGUGCAACAGGAAAUCAGGGUGGUUCUGUGGCCAGAGCCAUUUUGGAGGACAAAGAUAUUUGCGUAAGAGUAGCAACUCGGGAUGUGACCAAACCUGCUGCUGUGGCUCUACAAGACCUGGGAGCUGAAGUGGUGAAGUGUGACCUGAAUGACAAAGAGGACGUGAACAGAAUCCUAAAAGAUGCCUAUGACACCUUCCUGGUGACCACCUACUGGGAUGACUUUAGCCAGGAGAAGGAAAUAAAGCAGGGGAAGACUGUAGCUGAUGCCUGUAAACAUCUGGGCUUGGAGCACGUGGUGUACAGUGGCCUAGAGAAUGUAAAGAAGUUGACCAAGGGGAAAUUGGAGGUGCCUCACUUUGAUGGGAAAGGGCAAGUGGAAGAGUAUUUCUGGUCUAUUGGAGUUCCCAUGACCAGUGUUAGGAUUGCACCUUACUUUGAAAACUUCCUAAAUCUCUGGAAACCUGUGAAGGCAUCUGAUGGUGACUACUACAACUUGAUGUUGCCUAUGAAGGACAUCCCCAUGGAUGGCAUCUCCAUUGCUGACAUUGGACCAGCAGUGGCCAGCAUCUUCAGGUCCCCGAAGGAGUUCCUGGGCAAGGCUGUGGGUCUCAGUGCAGAAGCUCUGACAAUUCAGCAGUAUGCAGACAUCCUCUCCAAGACCUUGGGGAAGGUGGUUAAAGACUCCAAGAUCACCCCAGAAGCUUAUGAGAAGCUAGAAUUCCCUGGAGCCAAGGAAAUAGCUAACAUGAUGCGUUUCUAUUACAUGAGGCCAGACAGAGAUGUGCAGCUCACCCACAAGCUCAACCCCAAGGUCAAGAGUUUCUCCCAGUUUGUCUCUGAGAACAAAGAUGCCUUCGAGAACCUAUAG